GUCCGUCUUCUUCAACUCCCGCGGUUGCUCUCGUCCUUCUACUACUCCCCGCGCUCUCUGUAUCACUGCGUCUCUAAUGGCGAGCUCGGCGGUAAUCGGAUGGAGGAUUCUGUUCAUUCUACUGGGCUGCACGAUGGUUGCAACUCUCGGAUACACACUCGCCACUGAUGGCUCUCCUUUCCGCAGAGAACUUCUCUCACGGUUAAUGGUGGUGACAUUGAUUGAUUUCUAUUUCAACGUCAUAGUUAUUGCGGCAUGGGUUUGCUACAAGGAAUCAAACUGGAUUGCUGCAGCGAUUUGGAUAGUUUUUCUUGUAUGUCUAGGCAGCAUCGCUACCUGUGCCUACAUUCUUUGGCCGUUGUGGCAAUUAUCAUCUCAGGAAUCAUUUGAAGAUAUUGUGUACAAUGUUCUGAGCAAGAAUCCAAACAAGAAUGACAUGCAGCAGCAUAAGAAGCACUCCAAUAUUUUGACUGCAAAAAUAGUUUUCGGUGCAUUGGGUUGUUUGAUGGUGGUAGCUUUGGUCUUUCUUUUCGCCGAUGGUUCACCUUUUCGCAAGGAGCUUUAUACACCCUGGAUGGUGGCCACGCUGAUCGAUUUCUAUAUAAAUGGCACAGCUUUAUCGGUCUGGAUGUUCUAUAAAGAAGAAUCUUGGCUUACUGCACUCUUGUGGAUAGCUCUAUUCAUAAUCUUUGGGAGCGCCUCUUCAUGUCCUUUCAUUGUUAAGGAGCUAUUCAAGCUCAACUCCGAAGAUCCAGCAUACCUUGUUUUAUUCAAAAAUUCCAACAGGUCAGAAAGAAGAUAUGAGAGAACGUCGUGCUCAUAAGCAGAAGUUAGAUGGCUUAAGCUCGAUUUGGUACGUAUCGAAAAUGUUACAUUAAGAGCAGAAUCCAUAAGAUGUCAUGAUAUUUGAAGGGUAAUUUCGUCCAAAUGCUACCAUGUUUAUAUUUAGUCUCUAGGAUUAAUACUAUUAUUGAAAUGCUACUAUAACAACUUCGUUUUAGUUAAAUUGACAUAAAUAACAAAUUAUUGGCUUUA